AUAUUUGAUACUUGAGUUAUUACGAAGAAUUUUAAUUAAUCUUAUCUUAUUUAUAUUUAUCAUUCAUAUACAAAUUGUAUAUAAAGCAUUCUUCGCAAUGCUACAAAUAAUUCACAUCAAAAAUAUAUUGGCAAAACUAGUUGCAAAAACUUGUAAAAUGAAAUUCGUUUCGGCAAUUUUUGUUAUCCUGGUUGCAGCCAGUCCCCUGAACGCUUAUAAAAUCCCAGCCACUGGUUCGGGUGCCCUCGCCAAGGAAUUCCAAGACUUUAUAGACUUAUUACCGCUCGACCAAAUAAUCGAAGUGACGAAGACAUACUAUGCCCAAGAUAAGCAAUUUCGUAAUAUUAUUCAAUUGAUGAAAACUGAAGAAUUAAAACAAUGGAUGCUAGACAUCGAAUCAACUCCCGAAUUCAAGUUACUGAUAAAUUACGUUCAGAAGAACGGUCUCGAUAUUUAUUAUUUGGUUAAUGAAUUCAACAAAUCUUUGAAACUUCCACCUCUUGUCAGUGGAAUCAAAGCUCUUUUCGGUUCUUUCGACAAUAAAAUCAUUGGUGGCUUUAUAGGUUAUUUGAUUGACGUUGCUGCUCUUGUACCGAUAGAGAAAUUGUCUGAUCUGUUCACUGAGAAAAUCAAAAAUUCCGAGGUAUUCAAGGCUUUCGUAGCAGAAGUAACUUCGUCUAAAUAUUUCAAUUUUUACAACAAUAUUUUCGAGAAUAAACAUUAUAAGAAUUUGGAAAACGAGGCUGUAAAUUUAGGGGUAACUAGAAAUGAUUUCCAUACUUUUUCUCCUAUCUUUGUUUUCGUUGCGGCAGCAUUCGAUUUGUGAAUAAUAAUACUUUUGAUUAAUUAAUUGAUUGAUAAAUUAAUUAAUUCUUAUAUAAAAAAAUUUGUUGUUUUCUUUUCUUAAAAAAAAUAAAAUAUAUUUAUGUUGGAUUGAAAA